AUGGUACCAGCAUCAGGAGAUACUGUCAUCUUCUCCGGCCAGCAUCGCAUAGCUAUUUGCCAGAAACUGGGCUCUUGGAGAGUCGCUGAAAAUUUGGCCAAUGCGUUCAACGGCAACGGAAGGGCCGCGAGUACCGUUUCUACGCAAGAGGCAAGAGGCACAGGCGAUACCACGGCAGCGGGCGGCAUUGGCUCGUGGCAUGCUGCACAAGACGAGGCAGCCCGCGCUGCCAUGACGCUACCCAGCUAUAAUCAUACGAGCGAGCUGUUGCCACAGUUGCGUGGAAGCAGGUUGCACGUCGUUCGGCUUGCCAUUGGUGUGCAGCCCGAAGAUACGAUGCAUGUUGGAUGCUGUAUACCUAAUCAUCAACCAUCAAUCAUCGGCUCGUCAGCCCCCCACCACGGGCAGACGGUGUCUGAAGCGCCCAGAGAUGCCGCCCGGGAUGCCGGCGCUUAUUCUAAUUUUAAUGCUGGAGAAACGGUGUGA